UUGGCCAGUUUCACAGGGUGGAGUCUGCCCAGUGCAGAGGAAGCUGUAGUGCAUAGCUCUCAUUCACAAACAACAGAUGCUACUGACCAUCAUUUUCCAGGACUCUGAAAUAAAGACUGAACACAUAGGAUCUCCACGCUGGGACCUGACGACCAUGGGAGGGGGAGACACUAGGUUUUGCAGACUGUGUGUGGGGGUGCUGUGUGUUCUCCUGCUAACAGCCACCACAGUGUUGUGGAUCAAAUUUAACAACCUGACCAUAGAAAACAACCAGUUACAGAGGGAGAGAGAUGAAUGCCUGAGAACACUUUGUGAUUUGUACAAAGUAAAGUGUUUCAACUUCAGCUCCAGUUUUUAUUUCAUGUUUAACGAGCGAAAGAACUGGAUUGAGAGCAGACAGUACUGCAGAGAGAAAGGAGCAGAUCUGGUGAUCAUAAACAGCAGAGAGGAACAGGAGUUCAUCAUUGAACAGCUGGGCGACAAUAAUGGGACUUGGAUUGGCCUGAGUGACAGAGAAAGAGAGGGAAAGUGGAAAUGGGUGGACGGUACACUACUGACCAGCAUCACUAUGUACUGGCAUAAGGAGGAACCAAAUGAUGAAGGAAAUAAUGAAGACUGUGGUGAGAUCUCAACAUAUCAAGAUAAGAAGGCCUGGAAUGACCGACCAUGUUCUGAUAAAACACGAGGGAUUUGUGAGAAAAAAGAGUUUUCAGUGGUAAAUUUAAAACCACCAGCAAAAUAAUAAAAUGCCUGUAAACAUAUGAAAUUCAUGUAAAGCAGUUGUACCCUUUAUGAUUAUUAUUGGUGUAGAGCUAUUUAUAAUGUGACUCUCCCAGAUAACCUGCUUCCACGAAACGCGACAUGUUACCUUACCCAUUUCAUAUUAUGUACAUUGGCAGCAUUAAAGAUUUGCGUUUGCUGGUGCUAUGGGGUGCUUGCCUUUCCACUGGUGCUCUGAAAUGUAAGAUUUCCAACCAAUGUUCCAGCUGGCAUGGCUGAAUUCACACACCUUUAUCCUGUAGAUGCUUGCUGGAGGGUGUGCUGCAUGUGUGUGGGAGUGUGUGGUUCCCCUUAUUUAUGACUAGUUUUAGUUUCAGAUGCAGCAACAAUAAUCACAUGACUCCGUUUGACCAAUCAACAGCAGUAACAAUAACCACAUAGAAAAAAUAUAAUCUUGAGCCAGUGUUUUAUAAAUUAAUCCUACUGUACCUGUAAAUCUGUCCUACAUACUCUCACUGUGCAUGCAUGAAUAUGUAACUAUAUUUCAGUACAG